CUACAUCCAAUGCGCAUGCGCAGUGAAGUAGAUAUUUCAUGUGUUGUACGUCGUGUCCGGUGGAGGUCACAGAUAUCCAAGGGAACUGAGGUUUCUGUCAUGGCCAAGUUAUUUGAGUCUAUUGGAAAGUUGGGGAUUGCCCUAGCCGUCGGUGGAGGUGUUGUGAACUCCGCCCUUUUUAAUGUUGAUGCAGGGCAUCGUGCCGUGAUAUUUGACAGGUUCCGAGGCGUACAGGACACUGUUGUCGGUGAAGGGACACACUUCAUCAUUCCCUGGGUUCAGAAACCUAUCAUCUUUGAUUGCCGCUCCCGUCCACGCAACGUGCCUGUCAUUACAGGCAGUAAAGAUCUUCAGAAUGUUAACAUCACAUUGCGUAUUCUGUUCCGACCGGUCUCGAGCCAGCUACCACGCAUCUUUACUAGUAUUGGUGAGGACUAUGAUGAGAGGGUGCUGCCAUCCAUCACCACAGAGGUCUUAAAGGCUGUAGUGGCCAGGUUCGAUGCUGGUGAGCUCAUCACUCAGAGAGAACAUGUUUCUCGUCAAGUCAGUGAGGACCUUACAGAAAGAGCCUCCACUUUCGGCCUCAUCUUGGAUGAUGUUUCACUGACGCACUUGACCUUUGGCAAGGAAUUCACAGAGGCUGUUGAGAUGAAACAGGUUGCCCAGCAGGAGGCAGAGAGGGCCCGUUUCAUUGUAGAAAAGGCAGAACAACAGAAGCAGGCUGCUAUCAUCUCCGCAGAGGGAGAUUCCCAAGCUGCCUUGCUCAUUGCCAACUCUCUGAUGGCAGCUGGUGAUGGUCUGGUAGAGCUCCGUAAGCUGGAGGCAGCCGAGGACAUCGUCUUCCAGCUCUCACGUUCACGCAAUGUCACUUACCUGCCCUCAGGACAGGGCACAUUGCUUCAGUUGCCUCAGUGAUAACAUCUCGCCCCCUGUCUAACCCACUUUUGCUGUCACCAUCUAUUAUACGGGCCAUGGAAGGGGUGGUUGGAGGAUUCAGUAAAGGAUUCUCUCAACUUCACAUACAUUCCUCCCACUCUUUCUCUAACCAACUCUGGACUGGGCUCUGCUGCAGCAUAGCAGAAAGGUGGGAGACAAAGUGAGAGGUCUGUGAUGGAUACAUAUAUGAAGCCCCCCCUUAUGUGAGAAAGUAAUGGGGUUAAUUGAUAAUCUGAUUAUCCAUACAAGUAUAGUACUUUGUUUUGAGAAGAAUUGCCAAAGCAGUUAAUGCUCUAACGAUUCAUGCUACGUUGUUUCAGAGUGAAACACAUCAUUAUGGAAAGUAAAUCAUCUUACAUCAAGGAAAUGCGUGUGAUUCCUUUAAAAGAUUAGAUUAUAAAUAACAUUAUUCUGUAACUAUUCUCGAACCACUACACUUAAGAUAUAACUCACUUGGCAUGGCUUAUUGAUAGAGGUCUUGGAAAUUAUUCAUGGAAUAUAUUACCACCCCAUAUAAAUUGGAAUGUAUCUAUGGGACAGCAGAGGUUGAAGUCAAUCUUUACAUUUAUUGCUGUGUCUUUAGUUUGUGUGAGAAAGUGUACUCCCCAUGUAUCAGAAAUGGCUCAACAAUAAAAUUGUCUUUCUACCUCCCA